UAAAGUUUACAACAGAAUUACAAAAGCAAUGGUGUUGUUAAAUCCUUUCCCUCUUGGUUGGUUAGUGUUAAGGUGUGUUUUUUCACGGCACACAUUGGUCACCCUGAAAAAGAAGUGCACACGCUAAUGCUAAAGAUCCUCACUAUUAUCACGCCGGCAAAUAUUGCACACCCUUGCAAAUGAGCUCUAGAAUUCGCAAAGCACAUAGGGCACAAAAUCUGUAACGCACUGCCGAGCCACUCGUUGCAUUUCAGUUCCUGUCGUACGUUCAAACUGUAACAAUGUGCACCUCAUCUACAGUGCAUCUGGCGCUUCUAGUGGCGCUUACGUUUCACGCUGCCGUGUCAACGGUUGAUGGCGAUGCAGCAGCUCAGCCACGCCAAAAACGCUUCCUAAUAUUUCCCCGUGCCAAUCCGCAACGUUUGCAGAUGAUCGGCGGCUUCGGUAUACCGGCCGACAUCCAGCUAGAAUCCGUCACGAUGGGGUACGUGUUUAAGUCGGUCUAUUUAUUGCCCUGGAACUCGUCCCACUGGAUACCGCCGUUUCUCGAUCGGCACGAGUUGGAGACGGAACGGGUACUGCGUCGGCGGGCAGCCGUACCAACGACGAUGCCGCCACUGGUGUUGGCACCCCAGUCGCAUGCCGAGCCGCCCUACGAACGGUACGAUGGGCGGUGGCAGGAGCUGGACACUGAAUCGUUGCCGCCACCCUCACCGGAGCAUCCGGGACGCUCACCUCACCAACAGCAGCAGCAGCAUCACUCCCGCUGGACGUUCUAUCGUAUGCUGGAGCAAUUGUUUGAGCAAAAAGGUUUCGAUGGUCGGAGCUGUGUGUUGCGUGCCAUUUGUGAAGCAUCGGAAGCACGCUUUACCCACACGAGCGGGCUGAUCGGGGAACUGUUGCACAUUGCCUUUACGCCAUCGGCCACGGAGGAUGCCGUCGCGGAACCGCACCAUUCGCUGUACGGCCAGGCGGAAACGGUGCCGGACAGCAUGAGUGCCAGCAACGACCAAUCGGUUUGCGCGGCCAUGUACGCCGAAUGUUCGCUUUCGCUGUUGGGCUCGUUUUCGGACGUUUUUGCGUGACGAAGGGAACUGUUUCUAUUAUUGUGCAUUUUGAAGGAUUUGAACUGAGGAGAAGAAAGGUUCUUUAAGCGUUAAGCUGAUUGCAUUCGUUUUAAGCAUGCAUGCGUCCUGUUGCAUUAAGGAAAUUUAAUGUAAUAAAAGAAAGUUUCUUAAUGUUGUA